AUGUAUUGUUGCGGACAAAGGCAGAGAAGGGAGCACUGCUGGAUUGUCCUGUGCUUCUAUUUGCUGAUGCGCCUAACGGAGCAGGCUUCGACUCAGAUACGGUACUUUGUUCCAGAGGAGGUUCAAGACGGAACCGUUGUAGGGAAUCUUACUAAGGAUUUGGGUCUUGAUGUAAGUUCAAUGAUAUACAGACGGCUUCGUAUAGUUUCUGGGUCUCAUGACGAUCUUUUUCAGGUUAAUCAGAACAAUGGGGUCCUGACUGUUCAUAAGAAAAUCGACAGAGAGGAGCUAUGUGACAGAAACCGAGCCUGUACAAUACAUUUGAAGAUCCUCAUUGAAAAUCCGCUUGAAAUCCAUUACAUUGAAGUAGAUAUAACAGACAUUAAUGACAAUUUCCCAGUUUUUCCAGAAACACAAAUAUAUUUGGAAAUAUCAGAAAAUAAACAUUCAGGUGCAAGAUUUGAACUUCCAGCAGCGCGUGACCUAGACGCUGGAAUUAAUUCUAUUCGUUCUUAUAAAUUAGAUCCCAACGAACACUUUCAAUUGCAGUUGAGGAAUGGCGAUGAUGAUGACAAAAUAAUUUUUUUAGUCUUGCAAAAACCUUUAGACAGAGAACAACAUAAUAAACACUUGUUACGUUUGACCGCAUUUGAUGGAGGUAAUCCUCCCAAAUCUGGUACUUUAGACAUUAUUGUUUCUGUUACUGACGUUAACGACAACACACCUGUUUUUACUCAGGAAAUAUAUACAGUUACUUUAAACGAAAAUGUCCCAAUUGGCACUAUUAUUGCAAGUGUUAAUGCUAGCGAUGCAGAUGAUGGUCUAAAUGGAGAAAUUGAGUAUACUCUUAGACGAUCAAGUAAUGCAAACGACUUAUUUCAGUUAGACAGUGUUACUGGAGUGAUUAGAGUAAGAGGGAAUAUUGACUAUGAGGAAAAUGAGGUGUACCGGUUAAACGUCCAGGCAACUGAUAAAGGUCAGCCACCAAUGACAGUAGAUUGUAGAGUGGUCAUAAAAGUUAUAGACGCGAAUGAUAAUAAACCUGAAAUACAUAUUACGUCAUUAUCCAGCAAAGUUCUCGAAGAUUCUAAACGAGGAACAGUGAUUGCCCUGGUUAGUGUUACUGAUAAAGAUUCUGGUGUUAAUGGUAAAGUUAUCUGCAGUCUGUCAAAUCACACACCUUUUGAGUUGAAAGCAUCAGUACAAGACAACAUAUUUUCAUUAGUGACGAAAGACGGAUUAGACAGAGAACUUGUUUCAUAUUACGACAUUACCAUAAAAGCAACAGACUUGGGCCAGCCUCCUCAAUCCUGUGAGAAAUAUUUGAAAGUACUGAUUGGUGACGUGAAUGAUAACAGCCCGGAAUUCCCCCAUAAUCCUCUUGAACUUUAUUUGCUGGAAAAUAACUCACCUGGGGAACUCAUCUUCUCUGUAAGUGCCACUGACAGAGAUUUUGAUGAAAACGCUGUGGUUACUUAUUCUAUUAUCAGAAAAGACGGCAUACAAAAUGACAUGACAUCAUUCAUGAACAUCAAUGCUGAAAGCGGGCAAAUACGUGCUUUAACAAGUUUUGACUUUGAAAAGGUGAAAACUUUCCAUUUCCACGUGCUUGCCAUUGAUUCUGGAACUCCUUCACUAAGCAGCAACGUCACAGUAAACGUCUUUAUUUUGGAUCAGAACGACAACUUUCCAGUGAUUUUAUAUCCAGUCAGCGCUAACGGUUCUGCUGAAGGUGUAGAGGAGAUUCCCCGUAAUGUGAAUCCAGGACAUUUGGUGACUAAAGUAAGAGCAUAUGACGCGGACAUAGGAUACAACGGCUGGUUAUUAUUUUCACUGCAGGAAGUAAGUGACCACAGUCUGUUUGGUUUGGACCGCUACACGGGACAAAUAAGGACUCUUCGGUCAUUCACUGAAACGGAUGAGGCUGAACACAAGUUGGUCAUUCUGGUCAAAGACAAUGGCAACGUUUCAUAUUCCGCAACAGCCACUGUAAUUAUUAAACUUGUUGAACCCAUGGAGGCUUUUGCUGCUUCCGAUGUCAAUAAGGCAGUAAAAGAAGAGGAAGAAAAUAACGUGACAUUUUAUUUAAUCGUUACAUUGGGAUCUGUUUCAUUUCUUUUCAUCAUCAGCAUCAUUGUGCUGAUUGUAAUGCAGUGUUCCAAAUCUACAGACAUUUCCACCAAAUAUGUGCAAGAAACAAAUUACGACGGGACGUUGUGUCACAGCAUCCAGUACAGAUCCGGAAAUAAAAGCUACAUGUUAGUUGGACCCAGAACGAGUAUCGGUUCUACACUCGUUCGUGGGUGUAAUGAGAAUACAUUGAGGCGAACCAGUAUGCACAGUCGUGAGGUGAGUUUUUGCGGUUUACCAAAUUACCAUAAGCAGAUUGGACUAGCAGAGUAA